UUACUUAUUAUCGCCGCCUGCUCUCUCCACAAUCAUUUCACAGCGAGAGAGGACCGCGGCAGCCCGUCCGGGGGGAGGAACAUGAGACACAUUUGACUCGAAAAAACUCAUGGAAAUAGUGGAAUUACUCUGAAUUUUUUACUUCGACAUCGAGAACACCGUUUCGUUAUGAUGAGAGCGUGAGCUGGUUCCAGCUGAUUUAUUUAAAUAUUCUCAAAAUACAAACGAGCUCAACAGGUCUUUAGAGAAGAUAACAACGUACACAAAGCAUUAUGUCGUCCACUGAAGAGCCGUCUGGCACGGUCCUGCACCGGCUCAUCCAGGAGCAGCUGCGCUAUGGAAACCCCACAGACACCCGCACCUUAUUAGCCAUCCAGCAGCAGGCCCUGCGUGGAGGCAGUGGAAGCAACAGUGGACCCAGCAGUGGAGGCGACAUGGGCAGGAGCCCACGCUCGUCUUUGGAGAGUCUCACACAGGAGGAGCCUCCGUUCCCUCAGCUCUCUGCAAGGCAGGAGCCCCAGGGCCAGGAGCACCAGGGUGACUACCAUCACUCAGAAAGUGGCUACCAGCUCUACCAGCUACAUGGUGAGGAGUUGCCAACCUACGAGCAGGCCAAGGUGCACUCUCAGUAUCUGGCCUCUCACUGGGCCCCUACAGGCCCCAUCAGGCAGCUCCAUGAGGGGCUCCUGCAUGAGGGGGCCUUCCACGAAGAGGCAGACCUGAUGGAGCUGAAGUGCAGCCAUGUGCGCUCACUCAGUGAGCAUUGCAUGCAGAUAUCUCUGGAGAGGAAUGAUGCAGCUGCUAAAGCAGAGGCCAUCAAGAGCACCUCUCACAGCUAUCCUGAGCUUCCUUACUACGCACCGCAAGUCCUCCAGAGUCCGAGACAGAGCCUGGACAAACGCAGCCCACCUCCAGAGUACUCAGCCCCCAUACAGGGCCACGGAUUUAUCCCUCAUCAGGUCCAGGAGCCGGUGCAAGCACAGCAGCACAGGUAUGUUCAGUCUGGUCAGCCAGCUGAAGUCCCAUGCUACAGCACAUUCGCCAGCCUGCCACCUGCUGGCUUGGAGGAGCCCAACGAGGUGGAGCUGCUGCUGAUGGAGAAUGAGAGGCUGAGGCAAGAGCUGGAAGUACACAGGGAGAAGACUGGCCGCAUUCAGAAGUUGGAGCAGGAGAUCCAGCGUAUUUCCGAAGCCUAUGAGACACUGAUGCAGGGCAGCUGUAAGAGGGAAAACCUGGAGCAGACACUGAGGAAGCGACUAGUGGCUGAGAUCAGGAGGCUGCAGGACUUCAACAGAGACCUUAGAGAAAACUUGGAGAAUGCCAGAACGCAUGUUGCAAAAGAAGUAGAAGCUGCAGACCACAACCAGCACAUCAUGGCGAAACUCCUUGAACAAAAUGAGGAGCAGAACUUUGAGCGGGAGCGUGUGGAGCGGGAGCUGGAGCGUUUGCGAUCCACAGCGGAGGAGCAGAACCUCAGGGCGAAGCGACUGGAGGAGGCCCUGGACACCGCUCGUGGUCGAGGUCGCCAGCUUGAGGAUGAGUUGAGGAGGAAGAGGGCUUAUGUAGAGAAGGUGGAGAGACUUCAGAGUGCGCUGGCUCAGCUACAGUCCACCUGUGAGAAGAGGGAGACCCUGGAGAUGAAGCUGAGGACGCGACUAGAGCAGGAGCUGAGAAGUCUGAGGGCACAACAGAGGCAGUCCCAGCCACCAGGAGUGACCAUGAGCUCCCUCCAAGAGCGCCUGCAUGAGCGUGAGGAGCGAAUCCUGGCCCUCGAGGCCGACAUGGUGCGCUGGGAGCAGAAAUACCUGGAAGAGAGCACCAUGAGGCAAUUUGCGAUGGAGGUGGCUGCCACUGCCGCUGCCCAGAGAGACACCACCAUCAUUAACCACUCGCCUUGCCACUCCUCGAACAACAGCUUCAAUGAGGACCUGCCAGUUGCCGACUACAGGAAUCAGGAGAUGGAGAACAGGAUCCGCGCUCUUUACGCUCAGAUCUUGGAAAAAGACGCUGUGAUCAAGAUCCUCAACCAGCGGCUGCAUCAGGACCAAGGGCGGAGGGACGAACAGAGUCCCCACACAAACCUCCUGAAUACAGCGGGGGCACCUCUCCGACCAGCCUCCUCCACCCCCUCCAUCAACACCGCCAAUAGCAACACAAGGAGUCGAGGUAAGAGUCUCUCAGAUGAUCAGACUUUGCCAAACCGUCAGUUCUCCGCUCAGUCUGAACCUGGAACGCUAGAACGGCAGGUGGAGAGGACGAAGGCCAAAGAGGCUGCCAGCACAACUAAGCUCAACAGUGACAAGGCAGCGCCUAAGAAGUUUCUAUUAAACCCCUUCAGAGGCCUGGAUGAGCUGGAGUCAGAGGCAGUGGAAAUCUUCAUUUAAAGAACCGAGAGGUGGAUUUUGAAUGAGGAAAAAAACAAUUCUGAGAAUCUGUGAAGAGUGCAAGUCUUUGAAUAAAGAGUGGAUUAAAUAUUGGAUGCAAGAAUGUCGUGGAAAGAGGCCAACGCACGAAAAAAAAGGACCGUUUUCACAUUUUUAGAGACAGAGCUGUGCUCUGACUCUCUCCCUCUCUCUAAGCUGGACAGCUGCAGGCAGCCUGCCCUGCGGGGAGAGAAAAGAUUAAUCUUCUGAGGUACUUGGACAGUAUUGUGGAUUGUAAUAGGGCAACAUGUUCUCAGAGAGUGUAUGCCAAAAUAUAUAAUAUAU